UUUAUAGCCCAUAAAAACUAACCUUACUACACUUUUUCUUGGCUUUGAAAAUUCAGCGAGGGCUAUGUUGGCACUCACUACAGGGUUUAACUGCAACUUCUUCAAAUUCUCCAAAACCCUCACUCGUCAUUUCUUAAUUCCUCUCAUGGCUUCUCCUCAAACUGUUUCUUCUCCCGCCUAUUCUACUGGUUCUCCCUACAACGCUCCUGUAAAGCGCGUUGGCACACACAACGGUAGCUUUCACUGCGAUGAGGCUCUUGGCUGCUUCAUGAUUCGCCUUACCGACAAGUUUUUAAAUGCUGAAAUCGUCCGCUCCCGUGAUCCUAAGGUGUUGGAGGGGCUGGAUGCUGUGCUUGAUGUUGGGGGUGUUUAUGAUCCUAGUCGGGAUAGGUAUGAUCACCAUCAGAAGGGGUUUGAGGAGGUGUUUGGACAUGGAUUUACUACCAAGCUUAGUAGUGCUGGUCUUGUUUAUAAGCAUUUUGGGAAGGAGAUCAUAGCAAAGGAGCUUAAGGUUGAUGAAACGCACCCGGAUGUGCAUAGGUUGUUCUUGGCUGUUUAUAAGAGCUUCAUGGAGGCGAUUGAUGCUGUUGAUAAUGGGAUCAAUCGGUAUGACACAGACCAGCCUCCAAAAUAUGUAAAUAAUACACAUCUGUCUUCAAGGGUUGGUAGACUGAAUUUGGAUUGGAUAGACCCUGAUCAAUCACCUGAGAGGGAGGAUGAGGCCUUCCAACGAGCAAUGGCUCUGGCCGGCAGUGAAUUUUUAGAUAGUGUUACCUAUCAUGCAAAAUCUUGGUUACCAGCUCGAUCAAUUGUAAUGGAGUGCCUUGCAGCUAGAUUUGAUAUUGAUUCUAGUGGUGAAAUUAUGGUUUUGGCUAACUUUUGCCCUUGGAAACUUCACUUGUUUGAGCUUGAGGAGGAACUGAAGAUUGAGCCUUCAAUUAAAUAUGUGCUUUAUCAGGACGACAGGAGCAAAGGUUGGCGAGUACAGGCAGUGGCAGUAGCUCCAGAUAGAUUUGAGAGCCGGAAGCCUCUUCCAGCUCAAUGGCGAGGUCUAAGGGAUGACGAACUCUCAUGCCACUCUGGAAUUGAGGGCUGUGUUUUCAUCCAUAUGAGUGGAUUCAUUGGUGGAAAUAAAAGCUAUGAGGGUGCACUGGCCAUGGCACGAGCUGCUCUGAAACUCUAGAUUGGGGUUUAUAUCAGAGUUGGAGAACUCUUAGGAGUUUUGGCUGACUUGAAUUUAAGUACUUUGACAGAGAUUUCACAGUUACCAGCUUAGCAUUCAUUGAUACACAACAAGUACUACAGGGUGGUUAUUGUUUCUUUUUUGCCUGUGUAAUUGAACUGCUUCAAAAUUCAAAUAGUGAAAAUUAUUAAAAUGUUUCUGUUGUAUCUGAAAUUAAAAAAAUGCAUAUUUGGAAAUGGUCCAUCAAAAAAUGUCUAUGGACCAUUGAUGAGGACAGCCUAUCUAAUUUUGGUUGAUUUGGCUUUGCAUCCAUCAAUUCUUGAUUUGAGAGGUCAUAUUUACUAAAUUGAUGUAAUGUUUAUAGUA